AGCGCCACUUUCGAGUGGAUGUCCUCAUCAUCAACAGAAACAGACCACAGAAGUUGUCAAACCGUGGUGAAAGAAAACCGAGAGAACAGUGCCACGACGAUAGAGCUUUCAGCUAUAUGUGGAAGGUUAAAGAUGGUUCAAGACAGUGCUCACAUUCGGCAGCGGGGUGCCCAGGACUUCAUGGCAUACUAUGACUUUGCCUGUGCCAGACAGGAAUCAGUCCCUCUCCCUGCUGUUAAGAUGAACCUUGACAAAGGGAUGCUGGACUUCAAUGGAGACAGGGUCAAACUCACAGACUGGCCACCCAUUCUCAACUCUAUCUGCAUCAACAAACACCUGCACCACAUUGCAAUAAGUAGCACAUACCAAGCUGUUCGGGGUUCUGGAGACGCAGAUAGAAGGUACUAUAAGUCUAGCUUCAGGAAGAAGAUCCCAGCCAUUCGCUCUAAGGACAUGACAUUUAAGUUGUGCAAGGCCCUCAGAGAGUGUCUGACUGUCUCUCCUAACCUCAAGACUCUGCAGCUUAAUGGACUUCCACUGAGAGAGAGGGACCUCACCACCUUGACAAAGGGUUUGGCAAAAAGUGUUUCCUUGGAAAACCUAUCUCUGUCUAACUGUCCAAUCACUGAUGAUGGCUUAGAGGUCAUUUGCCAGAGUGUUAAGUAUUCAACCAGCAUCAGGACAGUAGAUUUUACAGGCUGCAAUCUCACCUGGAGAGGAGCAGAGCAUAUGGCCAACAUCAUCAAGCAUCAGGGAAUGCAGAGGCACGGUACCGCAUGGGCAGAGUCUCUGAGGUAUCGACAGCCACAGUUUGAGGGAAUGGGAGGUCUCCGCCGUAUCACCCUUAACUGUAACACUUUAAUUGGGGACCGAGGUGCUGCUGCUCUUGCACAUGAACUGGUAGAGGACCUCUGGGUUAAAGCUGUGGACCUGCAGAGGUGUGGUCUGUCCAGUGAAGGAGCUCGUCGCUUGCUGGAGGCCUUGAAAACCAAUUCUACUCUUUGUGUACUGGAUAUUCGUAGUAACCCUUUAGUUGACAAGGUCCUAAUUAAAACUAUAAUAGAGAAAGUGCUGAUGAAUGCUGAUGGACAGUCACCAGAGUACUGCUGGAUCAAGCCUGUGUCCACAGAGCCUCACAGAGCAUCUGGUCCAAUGAGGCGAGCUCUACCCAGUGCAGUCAGAGGAAAGGCUACAUUCAGGAUAGCCCCUCGUAAAGGAUCAUCUCCUGGAGCGCGAAGUGUAGCCGUCGCUCAGACACAGAAGCCCUAUUCCUGCUCCCGUUAUGUGCCUUGGCGUGCUGCAGCGCGAGCUGGACGCCAGAGAGGUAUGCCUCCUGGAGUCAGUGUGAUGGAUCAAAGCUUUCAGGGUGCAGCUACUGUGAAGGUUACUGUGGAGUCGGAUUCAGAGGGAGAGGAGGGUGAGGAGGAGGAAGAAGUGGUGGUGGAAGUUGAGCAGAGACCAUCUUCUCUUAGUUUCCAGGACAGGAUUACUAGACGGCAGUUGCAGCAUCUGCAGAUGGAGCUAAAAGAGUGUCGUCUGAGGCUGGCAGAGGAGCGCAGAGCCAGGCUGAAAGCUGAGUCAAGGCUUGUGGAGUAUGAGCUGGAGAAUGCCCGUCUUCGGAACACCAACCUCUCCCUGUCAGAGGCCCUUGCAGCCACUGGCUCUGCAUCAGCACCACCUGCUAUCAGUGCUCUUGAAGAUGAGGCAGUCCUCGAGAGUAUUGAGAGCUCGUUUAGCAAGUUCCAUGCUUUUCUGGAUCUCCUCAAGGAUGCUGGCCUCGGUCAGCUAGCUUCAGUGGCUGGAAUUGACAAGUCAGAUUUCCAGCCUCUGGGAAGACCUCAGCUCUCCUCUACAAUAGGACCACGUUUGAGUGCUUCGGCAUUACUGACUAAAGGGGAGUAUCGGGAUAUUCAGGCAAAGACUGAUGCUUCGUCAUUGGUAGGCAGUGUCCUGCCUGCUCCCUCUGGUAGACUGGCUGACACCACUACUGCCAGAUCUCUGUCCUCUGUCAGUAAGUCUUUGCAUGAAGGCAGGCUGCUAGAUGUGACCUUCAGUCAGGCCUCUGGACCUGCAGUAGACCCUGGUGCAGGUGGAGAAGGAGAACCAGAUAAAUAUUCAAAGCCUUUUACCCAGCAAGACUCAGGUUCUGAGCACAGUUUCCAUAGCCAAAAAUCCUCUGAUAAGGUUUACUUUGGUGAAACUUUUCAGACUCAACCAAGCCACCCCAAGAGCAACAGUAACUCUUACAGAAGCAACGGGUCCCGCGGUGGAUUGUCCGGAAGAUCAAGUGUUAGUGAAAUUAUAAGUGGCAAGGCAGAUUCUGUUGGAUCAGUAGGGUCAAGGAACAGGGGAAAGGGAAUGCUAGCGACAGGUCAGUCAGAGUCAGAGGGGUCAGACUAUCCUGGGAGGGAGCGGAUCAGGUCUGUUGGCGGUCCUGGAGGGCAGUCAGAUAAUGAAUCCUUCUGACCAGCUGACCAGAGAAAUAUGACAGUCUGACCCCUGUGUGUUCACAGUGCCAAGGGCUUAAUGUUGCUUCUUAACAUUGUUCACUUUAAGAAUGUCUCUAAUGUAGAUUUCAUACAUUUUUAAGUCUAGAUAUGAGACGAGGAUUCUAACAUCUUCAGUCUCAGUUGUUUCAUUUUAGUUAGAAAUGAGAAGUUGAUUAAACUUCUUUUUGCAUUGAAGUCAAAGCACAGGUAGAGUGGAAGUUCCUAUGAACUGAUUGAGACAAAUUAGUAAAAAAUGCAAUGUAUAUUUUUGUAUUUACAUUUUACCUUUUUUUUUUCUUUAAAGCAUCAAGUUUUUGGCAAACACAUGUUGCACUUGGGGUCUUGUACAGUGCAAUGGUUUCAUUCAGUAAAGUGUGGCAGAUAUUUGCAUGUUCAACUAACCCCACCACAGUCAAGCCUAAAUUUACAUCCACAGAUCAAGUUCCUCCGACAGUGAUCAUGUUUCAUGUGUGAAUGCAUCAAACCUCAAUCUUUUAUGAUGUAGAAUUCUAUGUUGUUGAUACUCAGCACUGUUCUAAAACUUCUGUUUUUACUUUUUUAAUAAACAUGUUAGCAGUU